AUGCAAAUGCUGGUUGAAGUUGGGCAGGAAUUGCACCAGGAUUUGGCUAGGGCCUAUGUCAAAUGCUGCCAGGAACAAAUUGGUCCAGAAGACCCUUUGGUGGAACAUCAGCUGGAUUCUGCUAUGUCUUCGAUGAGCGCUCGUGUGCUGGAGGAUAAAGUGAAAGAAACCGGUGUGCGACUACGGGUGAUCUCAAUUGCAUCAGCAAUGUUGGAGUAUUGUGCCUAUCUUUGGGCAACAUUCUUGUUUGCGCUGCAAAGAAUGUGGUCUUCUUCAGAGAGCAUUGUACAGCCCAUUGCCUUCAUUGUUCGCCUGCGGUAUGAUGAGACACCAACAAGAGUGAGAGUCCAAGACUCCACGGAUGAAAUCGUGAAUCUGGAGUCAGCAUCUCUGCAGCAACUAGCAGAGGCCAUGCCAUCAGAGGCAGCAUCCCUGCAUGCCAAAAUAAUGCAGGUGGAGAUGUCACUGAGCAUGCUGCUGUACAAUUCGAGGGCUAAACAGUUCAACGCAGUCCAGGGCAUCAUGCCAACAACACUCUUCGCAGUGCAAUCAACGACCGGUCAGAACACAUUGAAGUGUUUGGAGCAAGUUUUGAGAAGCAUACCUGGUCUCAAAGAUGUUGCUGAUGACCCUAAUUGGACUUUCUCCCUGAGGCAUACCUGCACGGACAAGUAUGCUGCGAACAUCUCAGCUGAACGAGGGCUCAGUGAGAUUUGGUCAAAACAGCCGCUUGUCCACUUGUUCUGUGACAUACACAAACUUUACAAUGCGACCAAAUCCAGCAUGUCUGUGGCAGACGCAGAUGCAUCCGGGCUUUUAGCCCUGACCCUCGGAUGGUCUGAGAGUGGGUCAGUAGCCACGUUCAGACAAGCUUUGUGCAAAAUAUUCUCAAGGAAGCUUGUGGUUUACUACUCUGGUGAGGCACCCAUAGAUGUUCCGCACUCAAAAGCAGCGAAGUACAAGGAAGACCUAUUCAACCUUUUUCUGCCUUUGACUGGAGUAAGCCCUGCCCGUGCAAAGCAGCGUGAAGUUCGGCGUUUUGUCAUCCAACGACUAAUGAACGGUCACCUGUACAGAACAGAUGAGGUGCAGCACUACUGCAAGUACAACUGCUGCGAGAAUGCAGAAGCAACCCUGCGAACCUUUGCUGUUUGGUGUUGUUGGGCAUUGGUGCCCUGUCAGGCUCCAGUUUUUCCACGGUCUCGCUGGACUCGAUGGGAUGCAGCCAUUGAUUGGGCUGGCUUGAUAGAAGGCUGCCAUGGCUUGCUAUCACAGUUGAUUGCAGAAGUGACUGGAGCUCCAACCUCAGAGAACAUUGAAACAAGUGCUUUCACUGAGCCUGAGCCGCAGAAGAUGGUGGAAGAUGGUGAGAUGAAUCGGGAUGAGUGGGAUGCACUGUUUGCUGUGUCUUUUGACCAACAACUUUCUGCACCUGUACCUGCGCCCGCGCCCAGGGCAAGUGAAAGCGGGCCCGUUCAGCAAGAGGAGCCUGUUGGGGACGAGCCUGAGGAUUGGGCAAAGAAGAAGCAACAAUCAAAGAAGAAGGCUGCACUGUGGCUUCAGUCACGACCAUUUCAUCGGUUGGCCAUUAUCAAGCCUGUGGCUGCAUUGCUUCUUUCACUCAUGUACAAGUUCUUACAACUUGGAGGGCCAUCCUUUGAAAAGAAACAACAAGUGAAGGUGGCAAGUGGGAAGCAACAGGAAAAGAGUUUUCCUGUGCUGGAGGCAUUACGUGGGAAGGAUGUUGAAAAGACAUUGAAUGGCAUGCUUGGCCUUCUUUACGCUCAACCUGAAGGAAUAGUUCCUGAGGCUUACACUGCAAAAUUAAAGUCACAGAAGUUUCGAAUGGUCAGUGCUGGCGUGACAUCAAUCCACAUUCUGCUGCGACUUCCAAGAAGCACCUGUCCCUUCUUAGUUUUCGCUGCUUUGGAGGAUGGUGGUGCCAAGCGCUUGCUUGAUGUCCCUUCUUGCAUGCAUGACGCCCUGGCUGACAAACUCCUGAAGAAGUAUGUCCAGUGCGAGAUCGAGAAGUUUCUCCAAGACUACACUGACCAAGUGAAGAGUGAAGGUUCAACUGAGGCUAUGUCCAAUCUGAGCGCUUUGCUAGCUGAGGUCAGGCAGGACGCAGUGCUUGCGAAAAGCUAUGUGACCGAAGUCUUCAUGCUGAAAGGCUUAAAACAGCUUGCAGGGGCAAAGGAUUCGGGUGAUGAAGCCGCGGUUGCCAAGGCAUUGGGAAUCCUGAAGCAGGAACAGUCAUUCAUUUCCAGCAACGGGCUUGGCGUGUCUACUUUAGACAUUGCUCCAUGCCUGAUGCAGUUGACGCAAAAGGCUUUGCAAUAA